GGAAGCUGCCCUUUUCUGUUGGCACCUCAUCUGCCAUCUCGCCAAUCCCCUCGCAAAAGCCCAGGUCACGCUUACAGACUAUUAACCGAGGCCGUCCGCUCUUGGAACUCUUCCCGGGCUAUUCAAGUUUCUCCCCGAAUAACUCUUCCGCUUUUGGCCUCCAGAAGGGAAGGGCAGAGAUUCCAGCCAUGCCGGCUCCUCGGUCCGCAAUGUCUACCCCGCAUCAAACUCUGCGCCUUGAUCACGAUCGACGUUCCGUGCAGGCCAAGUCGGGCGCGUACCGCGGAUAUCUUGGACCGGACUCAAGCUAACUUAGGAAGGGUCCACGGCAAAUCUCAAAUCUCAAAUCUCACAGCUGGCCAACCGGCGGCCACAGCGAGAUGACAGCCAUGUGUUCUCAACAAAAUUUGAAUCGCGAGCGGCGGUUGCCGUUGUUGGCGCCUAGAAAACCCGCCUUCUCGCCGAUAUAGCCCACCAUCGUGGGGUCGUUUUGCAAACACAUGGUGGGAUUUACGUCCUUCUUACCCAAGUCUCAGCGUGGGACUCCAGGCUUCGCUGCAACCCGCGAGCCGUUCGGCCAGGUUUUCGUUAUUACCAAUAAGCAUCCGGUAUUGGCAAUUACUCGCAGUUGAGGGGGUGGGGACGCACAGCCUGCCAACAAAUACGCGCGCGUGACCACCACCUCGAUGCCUCUACGGGGCUGAGGUGGAGCUGAGUUGGGGAAAUUCCAGAAUACAGGCCAUCCAGAAAAGAAAUCCGCAUGGGAUACGCACCGGGAUCAGCAGUGCAAACGCCACGUCACCCGCCCACGGCUGGCGGCCAAGCCAGGCCUCCUAGCUCUCGGGGAAGUUCGCGAUCCUCGACCCUGUUCCUGAAUAUCAACUGCACCGGGCCGCAGCCCAAAGUCUACGACGUGCAUGGUAUGGGCGUAGGUCACCGGCCAGCUGCCCUCUUUUUCCCAUCAGCAGCACACCUCGGCUCACCGCCCAACCUGAUCAGAAUAUGGGUCUUGGAUGCCUAUUCUAUGAUUCAAUAUUAAGCUCUUGUCAUUCCCCCCAGCCGCUGAAAUGUAUUUGUGCUGUCACAUUGCAGCUAACCUAGCCUGGAAGGUGAGAUUCCCCGCAUCGCCAGAUCUGGGGUAAAUGUAAGCGAUGUGGAGCUCAAGUUCUUUCU